CGGGCGGCCGCCAAACUUUUCCGAGGGUGCGGUGCAGAUCAGAUGACACUACGGGUGACAUGGCUAAAGUCAAAACAAUGCAUGAACUGAUGAGAAACAGCAUUGCCUUCUGAGAACAUUAGCUUCCUUGUUGCCGGAAAUCCUAAGCACAACUUUACUACCAAAAGAGACUCUGAUGUUUUGUGGUCAUUGAGCAGAGUUUGCAAGAAUGGAAAAGCAAAGGACCCCACUAGCUGCAUCUCAUAAAUAAUAAUUUCCAAGAUUCAGCUGAAUCGAAAAAAUAUUUCAGCCAUGGGAGAAAAUGCAAGCUUUUGGGAAAGUUUGAUAUAUGCACAUCCUACAUGUACCACCUGGAAGCAAGAGGCAGAGGGAUCUAUCUACCACCUAGCCAGUAUUCUCUUUGUUGUGGGCUUCAUGGGUGGAAGUGGAUUCUUUGGGCUUCUCUAUGUCUUCAGCUUACUUGGAUUAGGCUUUCUCUGCUCUUCGAUUUGGGCUUGGCUGGAUGUCUGUGCUGCUGAUAUAUUCUCCUGGAAUUUUAUACUGUUUGCCAUAUGCUUCGUCCAGUUCAUUUAUGUUACCUACCAAGUUCGGAGUGUUUCCUUUGACAGAGAAUUCCAGGAACUCUAUAGCUCUCUCUUCCAGCCUCUGGGAAUUUCCUUAACUGUCUACAGGAAGAUCGUCUUGUGCUGUGAGGCAGAAGUAGUUACCCUGGAGAAGGAACACUGUUAUGCCAUGCAGGGCAAAACACCUAUUGAUAAACUGUCCUUGCUUGUGUCAGGCAGGAUCAGAGUGACAGUUGAUGGGGAGUUUCUGCAUUACAUUUUUCCUCUUCAAUUUCUGGAUUCUCCUGAAUGGGAUUCCCUGAGGCCCACAGAAGAGGGAAUUUUCCAGGUAACUCUUACAGCAGAGACAGAUUGUCGGUACGUGGCCUGGAGGAGAAAGAAGCUGUAUCUGCUGUUCGCUAAACACCGUUUCAUCUCCCGCCUGUUCUCAAUUUUAAUUGGGAGAGACAUUGCUGAAAAACUCUAUGCCUUGAAUGACAGAGUGCACAUGGGGAAAGGCUUUAGGUAUGACAUUCGGUUACCAAACUUCUACCAUGUUGCACUGCCAGAGACCCCUACACUGCAGCCCUCCUACCACCUACAGAGAAGGUCCCCUCGGCGCAAGCCCGUGGGGGUUACAAACUGCAGCCCCUUCAGUCCACGGUCCUAGGAAGCAAAACUCUGCGGCAGCCGUUCCCAGAGUGAAGAAGGGAAAUGUGAAGUGUGAAGCGGAAGGGCAGAAAGACGAAGCAGAAUGAGACCCAGUCAUGCCAAAUUUGACUGACAAGUGCCAUUUACUUUCAUUGGAGUAGCUUGAAUUCUUCUUCUCUCUAGAGCCAGCGGGUUGGCUUCUGUGUUUUGACUGUUUGUGCAAUGUGUUUAGUUUCCGUUGAUUCUUUUGUUGAUGUUCAUCUCUGUACUUUUAGAGGAAAACAAAUCAUAACAGGCUGAAGUUUUACUGUAACUGCUGUGGCCUCUGUGUUGUGGUUUGGUUUUUCUUUAAAAAAAACCAAACCAC